AUGUCAGAGCUCAAGAGAAGACACGCUGGUGCUCCGGUGGCUGCGGCGGCUGCUCCAGCUGCGGCUGCAGGCACUGCACGCCCGAGAAAACCCUUAUCGACGUCCAAGUACAAGGACAAACACUCCGGACUCUCGUACAACUAUGAGGACAGGCUCUCGAAAAUGCGGGUUCUGAAAACGGCCGUGCUCAUGGUCUUGCUCACAAUAACCGUGGCCUACUUUGGGUACAACCUCUACCUGUGGGGGUCGAACGUCGUGUUCGACAUCUACUGGCACCACGUGCGUGGCGUGCGAAGCCGGGAACAGGCGGACUUCAUCAGACAGCUCUGGAUAGGCAACUUCCUCGACUUGUUUGCCAUCAUCGUCAAGCUGGUAGUGGCCUACUGGAUUUUCAGACUCAUCAACUCGAGACUUUUGCUAACCUACGACGACACCGAAGAACUAAACAAGUAUAACUAG